GUGUGGUGGGACAGAAGGACUGCGCGAGCCUGAGUGUAUAGUGAGGUUGCAGUCAGAACCGUGUUUCUUUUACGGAGUACGACCAGGACAGCGACAGGCUGCAGUGUAGGAGUGUCUUUCAGAUUUUCAUGCAGAAUUCGUAUUCAAAUGUUCUCAGCUGCGAGAUGGCGUGAAAGAGCCGCGCGUAACGGACACACCACAGAGCCGCCGCGCGCACUUCACUCCUCAGUGAAGAGGGAGAAGGCACAACUCUCCUCUCGGCAUCCCGCUCCUUCAAAUAUGGAUUUAGGGUUAAAAAGGCGCAGUGGAACAUUCUUAUGGCUCUCUCUCCUGGUUUGCUGUAUCGGCGGGACAUUAAGCAUAGAGAACUGUGAUGGAUCGCUGGUGUCUCUCCUCCCUCCGACUGCCUUCAGAAGCUCGUCUCAGUUGUCCAGCAGUCAUGGGCCGGGCUUUGCCAAACUCAACAGGAGAGACGGUGCUGGCGGCUGGUCACCAAUGGAGUCCAAUAAAUAUCAGUGGCUCGAGAUCAACCUUGGGGAGCGAACGGAAAUCACAGCUAUCGCCACUCAGGGCCGGUACGGCAGCUCGGACUGGGUCACUGGCUACCAGCUCAUGUUCAGUGACACGGGACACAACUGGAGACAGUAUCGACAGGAGGACAGCAUUGGGGUGUUUUCUGGGAACACCAAUGCUGACAGUGUAGUGCCGUUCAAACUGCACCAGUCCAUGAUUGCUCGCUACCUAAGAGUCGUCCCUCUGGACUGGAACCCAAUGGGAAGGAUUGGACUAAGGCUGGAAGCCUACGGUUGCCAAUACAAGUCUGACGUGAUGGAGUUUGAUGGGAGCAGCUCGUUACUGUACAGGUUCGAUCCCAACUCCAGCCAAACAACCAAAGACAGGCUUUCCCUGAAGUUUAAGACCUUGGUCCACUCGGGCACUAUCAUCCACAUGGAAGGAAUGCAUGGCCCAAGCCUAAUAAUGGAACUGAUCCAGGGGAAACUUUUAUUUCACCUCAGGAAAGGCAAACGUCCAUCACCAGCAGACCUCCACGCCUCCGUGUGGCUCGGAAGCCUCCUGGACGACCAACACUGGCACUCGGUCACGAUCGAGCGUGUUAGCAGGCACCUCAACUUCACAGUGGACAAAAGCACACAGCAGCUCCAAAUCCCCAGCCACCUGAGUCUGUCUGACAUUAGCGAGAUUAGCUUCGGCGGAGUGUCGGGUCUUUCAGCAUUGAGAACUCUCUCCAAGAAGAACUUCCAGGGAUGCAUGGAGAAUGUGCUCUACAAUGAUGUAAAUAUUGUCAAUCUGGCUCAAGAAGGACAUCAUGUAUCCAUAACGGGAGCUGUCUCCUUCACCUGCUCCGAGCCCGUAGACGUGCCCGUGACUUUCUCGAGCCCUGGGAGCUUCCUUCAGCUCCCUCUGAGCGCGCCUGGAGAUGAAAUCUCCAUCAGCCUGGAGUUUCGGACGUGGAACAAGGCCGGCCUUCUUCUGACCUUUCAUCUUCAGCAGCAGGCCGGAAGCGCCUGGCUUUAUCUGAGCGAGGCCAGAGCCAGGUUGCAGAUCCACAAGGCUGGACGGGUCUUGGUGGACAUCGUCACAGGUUCGGGCCUGAAUGACGGCCAGUGGCACUCGGUGUCCCUGAGUGGCCGGAGGGGUCGCCUCGCCAUCAUGGUGGACAGAGAGGACGGUGGCACGGCACAGGCCCACCCCUCCUUCCCCGUUGUCCCGGAGACCCAGCUCUUCUUUGGAGGUUGCCCGGAAGAAGGGAAAGUCAGCGAUCAUGGAUGCAGAAACCUGUUCAGUGUUUUCCAAGGAUGCAUGCGGCUCAUCCACACUGGCGACCAGGAGGUGGACCUGAUCAAGGUGCAGCAGAUGUCCCUUGGAAACUUCAGCGAUUUGCAAAUGGACAUCUGCGGAAUCAUUGAUCGGUGCUCUCCUAGCUAUUGCGAACAUGGAGGGAAAUGCACCCAGUCUUGGAGUACCUUCCACUGCAACUGUUCACACACGGGCUACAAAGGAGCCACCUGCCACAGCUCCAUUUAUGAGCAGUCCUGCGAGGCUUACAAGCACAAGGGAAACACAUCUGGGUUUUACCACCUCGACGUGGAUGGGAGCGGCUCCAUCAACCCUCAGAGGGUGUACUGCAAUAUGACAGAUAAAACAUGGAUGGUGAUCCAACACAAUAACACAGAGCUAACCAAAUUAAAGCCGUCCUCCGGGAUAAAUCAGCAUUUAGCCUACUUUAACUAUCCCGCCGACUCGGAACAGCUUCGGGCUAUAAUUACCAAGGCUGAGCACUGCGAGCAAGAACUUUCCUACCACUGCAAAAAGUCACGCCUCUUAAACACACCUGUGGGCGCUCCGUUCACGUGGUGGAUGGACGGGGCUGGGGAGGCUCAGACCUACUGGGGGGGCGCCACGCCCGGGAUCCAGCAAUGCGCCUGCGGCCUGCACGAGACCUGCGUCCAUCCUGAGCAUUUGUGCAACUGCGACGCAGACGGAGUCGACUGGGCUAAUGACACAGGCCCCCUCACUCAUAAAGAGCAUUUACCUGUGCGUGGCGUCGCUGUUGGGGACUUGAGCAGACCCGGCUCGGAGGCUGCGUAUAAAGUGGGACCCCUGCAGUGCUAUGGUGACUUGAACUACUGGAACUCAGCCUACUUCAACAAAGAGACGUCUUACCUCCAUUUCCCCACGUUUCAUGGCGAGCUGAGUGCAGAUAUUUCCUUCAUGUUCAAAACCAGCGCAGCGUCUGGCGUGUUUCUGGAAAACCUGGGCAUCAAGGACUUUAUACGGAUCGAACUAAGCUCCCCGUUUGAGGUGGUCUUCUCCUACGACGUGGGCAACGGCCCAGUGGAGGUACGGGUGGAGUCGCCCGCCCCACUCAACGACGACCGCUGGCACGGCCUGCGGGCCGAGCGCAACGUGAAGGAGGCUUCUCUGCGCGUGGACCAUCUGCCUGGGGCCACGCAGAGAGCGCCCCCUGAUGGACACCUGCACCUGCAGCUCAACAGCCAAUUAUUUGUGGGGGGGACGGCAUCCAGGCAGAAGGGAUUCCUGGGAUGCAUCCGCUCCCUGCAGCUGAACGGGAGGACGUUGGACCUUGAGGAGCGGGCCAAGAUCACCCCCGGCGUCCGGCCUGGAUGUCCAGGACAUUGCAGCAGCUAUGGGGGCUUAUGCCAGAAUGACGGCCGCUGCGUGGAGAGGUACACAGGCUUCACCUGUGACUGUGGCCUGUCCGCCUACACCGGGGCCUUCUGUCAGAAAGAGGUGUCUGCCUACUUCAAGUCCACCACGUCGGUGUCGUACACGUUCAAGGAGCCUUACGAGCUGAACAGGAACAGCAGCGUCCAGGCCUCGUCCAUCUACUCGGACAUGACCCUGCGUGCCGAGAAUGUGACCGUUGGCUUCCGCACCACUCAGGCGCCGGCCCUGCUGCUCUACGUGGGCUCGUACUACCGCGAGUACCUUGCUGUCCUGCUCAACCGAAAUGGACAUCUAGAUGUCAAGUACAAACUGCAAAGUAACAGGGAUGCAGAAGUCUUCAGGACGAGCACGAGAAACUUGGCUAAUGGACAGCUUCACAUAGUGUCCAUCAGAAGACAGGCAGAAAAUCUCUACAUCCAGGUUGACCAGUAUGAACAAGAGGAGUUCAACAUCACGUCGGAUGUCGAGUUCAACGCCAUCAAGUCGGUGAUGUUGGGAAAAGUGCACGACUCGGGUGAGCUGGAUCCAGAAAUAGCGCGACUGAAUGCUCUGGGCUUCACUGGAUGUCUGUCUGUGGUCCAGUUUAACUCCAUCGCCCCUCUGAAGGCCGCCCUGCUCUACCCUGCCACCAGCCCUGUGGUAGUCACUGGCAACUUGGAGGAGUCCACCUGUGGGUCCUCUUCACCCAGCCACCCACAUGCCUCAGAGACCACCCACUCUCUCACAGAUCAUUUUGGCACACUAGGCACUGGUGAGCCAAUAGUCAAUGCAAUCAACAGUGAUUCUGCCUUAAUUGGAGGUGUCAUCGCCGUGGUGAUAUUUGUCAUCUUGUCAGCGCUGGCCGUCAUGGGGAGGUGUCUGUACCGACGGAAAGAGACGUUUCAGACUCCGACGCCGAAGGCAGGCAAACCGGAGGACAGUCCCGAAUUCCCCUUCAACAACGAAGCCAACUCUCAAUACGUGCUGAGUGAAAAUCAGAGGGAGCACUUCAUAUGAUGCCCCCUUCUUACCCCCCUCCCUCCCUCCCUCCCGUCCUCCUUUGUGUUGGACUAAUCCAGAAAAAAAUCUGAGGACACAAGAAGAAGCCUUGCAGAGAGCCUAGAGACAUUAACAUUCAUGGAGCAUUUUUGCAUAAAACCUGCAGGAACUGUCAAAUAGUUGGCGAUGAAAAUUGCGAGGACGCAGAGGCAGGUGAUGAGAAAAAUGUGUGAACAGAUUGCCCAUAUAAAUGAUUUUCUAUUUUGAUUUUGUACAUACAUAUGAGUACGGUAACUUUUUUGGCACAGUUCUGUGGCUUGAGUUUCUAAGGUGUGUGUGUGUACUGUAUGUGUGGAAAACGUCAGAAAUUGUAAAUAGCCUUUCAAGAUGUAUAUGUACCUUUAUAACAAUUAGCCCUCUUUCCCUCUCCUAAACAUGCACAGUCCUCUCCUUUGCCAUCUCAUGCACACUUGACACAUGGUACACAUACAGAUGCACAAACAUUGUGAUGUUAAGUGUUUUAGUGAUGCUGGUAACAUAUUUACAAUGGGAGGACUACCUGCGUAUUAAGUUCAUGUUUGUGAGGUGCCAGGUGUCUGAGGUGAAGCACGUGGAAGGCAUCAAAAAUUGAAAAUCUCCAAUUUUUGAGUUGAUGAAAAUGACUGUCAUUAUGUGCCGAGAUGGGUGUUUGACAACCCCUCCAUGUGAAACGCCUGAAAUGAAACAGAUGUUUUCCUUUUAACCACAAAUUCAAACCUCCAGGUUAAUGCUUGCCGCCAAAAUGGUUCUGUGCUCUCUGCUCUCUGUGCUUUUCUUCUUCCAGCUGCCAACAACCACGUCUCACGCCCCACCCCAUCACCAACAAAACACAA